AAAACGAAGGAUGUAAGUUACGGCAGCUACCUAGGAUUUUAGGAAACCGGUCCAGCUAUAGUCCUCAGCGAGAGGACCCUCUCUCUAUCCGUGGAUGUGUCCGAAUCGGGGUUAGCGCAUAUUAUGCACGGACCAACACCGCUCGUCCCACCUGCCAUCCUCUCUUGUUCUCUCUCCACACUCCCAUCACAUACGCCUGUCAAAGCGGCCGGUCGCGCAAUGCACUUCCUAAAUUUACCUAUUGAACUACGCUAUCAGAUUCUAGAGGUUGCCGUGGCCGCGUUGAGCGUCCCGCUAGGCCCACCCGAUGUCGAACAGCUGCAUCCUAAAGACUGGAGCCUUGUAGAAGGUGCGACUGCCAUAACGCCUCCGAUUAGAUCCUUCCGUACCCGCCCCUGGACAGCGAGGAUACUUCCCUUACUGCUUAUCAACAAGCCAUUUCGUCACGACACAACAUACGUCUGGGAGCACUACAUUGGUCCGAAAUUACCGGCGAUCGCUAAUGUCGACUGUGUGGGUGCUGGUACCGUCCACCCACGGCCGCUGACAGGAGUCUUCAUCAAAUGGCUGUCCUUGCCGUCCCCUAUUGGGAGGAUCCACACCAUGCAAGUACAUAUCCGCUUUUUCGACCACAGGCGCUUCACCGGGAGAGCAUCCCUGGGCGAGAAUCGGGUGUUACUCCCGGCCGUCCCUAGAGUGGUACCGUACUUCCUCUCAUGGGGCCUCAAGGGUAUAUUGGGCAAAUUAUGCGACAAGUCAUCAUAUCCACUUAACCACCAGGAUGCCAGGGAUAUAUCCCAGCUGCGGGCGCUCGACCUGAUCCUCCGCACCGACUCUUCACCUGACCUUCACUGGUCACAUAGGAGCGACCUCGCGUUUCAGGACGCCAAUUCCGCUCUGGACGUUUCUCUCCAUCCGUAUAUGACUGCGCGCAAUCUCGCCACACACUACAUUAGAAACCGUAUCAUGCGACAUCUGCCCCUGCGCAUAGCCAGAUGGAAUGUAUACGUAGAUGACGAUCUUGUCUUCAAGGUGAUGAGAGCUGGGGAUGGGGAAGGAAGCGAUGAGCUGCGAUGGGAACAGUAUGAAUAUGACGUACCAAUCGAUCCGCUAUUCCUCCCGUGAUGGAAUUGGUCGGAUAGCAUCGCGCCCAGAGGGCACUUGCACAUCCCACGGGCCGCGAGUACCCUUUUAAGUCUGAGCGGAACAUGUUCGGCUAUAGUGCCGAUGAUGAGGGCGAUAGUAAGAGGAAGAGCGGGGGAGACGAGGAGACUCAUUUGGCAGGGACGGCAAAUCAUGACAAUGGGGGAUUUUAGGUGGUCUAUCGAGCCCUGGUUAGACGCGCUGCGGGAUAUGCCUCAUGAGGUGCGAGACAACGAGACCGCGUGGUUUCUAGAUAGAGAGUCUGAAGAAACCGACUUCGACAUGUGGAUUAGAUGGCCGAAAAGGGAGAACGGCAGUGGUCU